AUGUCGAGCGGCAAUACCUCGUCCAAGAAGGUGUUGCUACGGACCUUCGAAGACUGGGGCCGCUGGGACGAAGAAUUCCAAACAAAGUCCAUCAGUCUACAUCUGUGGGAUUGCAUCAACCCAGACAGCGACGAGGCUUUGAUGGAGAAGCCCGGAAGACCGGCAUUCGAGUCUUACAAUCGGAAGAUUCCUCCUAGAGCCACCGACCCGGAGCACCUGUCCCAACAGGGAAGACAGACCCGCCACAGUGGGCAAUCGAGUCAGACGAUCAGCCAGUCCUCGACAGGCGACCCUACGACUUCGAUUACAGAAUCAACCGACCCACAGCUGCGGGCUCGAAACCUAUCCGAACUUACGGCGGACGACAAAGCCUCCUUUACGUUCGAAUGGAGAGUGUACGAGCAAGACUACAAGGAAUACAAAGAACAAGAAACAAAUUCUGAGAAGCUGAAGGCCUGGGUUAUUGACACGGUAGACUAUGGCUUGCGCCAAAGCUCCUGUCGUGCAAUAUGGGACCUUCGGACGUGGUACUCCAACCUACGGACAAGUGUAGGAGCUACAGAAAGGGAACAACAAACUGCAGCUCGUCGAAAAUACCAGGCAGCUACGGCAACCUUAGCUAGGGUGCCCAGGGAUUUCGCUGGAUGGAUCACAUCCUGGGAGAUGGCUACGAACCACGCCCUCGUGAGAAAGACAGGCGGCGUCGAGGACCCCAACACUUGGUUUGACGACUUAACCAAGGCCAUUCAACCAAUCUUGGGUAGUUGGGUCACCAUAUACGCAGGAAUCUACUAA